AUGGAACAAUCAGGAACUAAACCUCAUUCUGAGAAGCCUGAGAAAUUUAAGGGCGGAGAUUUCAAAAGAUGGCAACAGAAGAUGCUGUUUUAUUUGACAACACUGAACUUGGCUAAUGUUCUGCGCGAAACUGAGCCUACUGCAGAUGGAGAAAAUAUAUUUUCUGUAGAAACUUUAACGGCCAUAGAUGCCUGGAAACAUAAUGAUUUCCUCUGCAGAAACUAUAUUCUCAAUGCAUUAGAUGAUUCGUUGUAUAAUGUCUAUGUGGUAUUCAAAAUAGCCAAGGAACUUUGGGAAUCACUUGAGAAAAAAUAUAAAACCGAGGAUGCUAGUUCAAAGAAAUUUGUCGUGAGCAAAUUUUUGGACUACAAAAUGGUGGAUUCCAAGUCUUUUGUCUCUCAAACUGAAGAUCUCCAGAAAAUCAUCCAUGACGUUCAUGUUGAAGGGAUGGUAAUCAAUGAGUCUUUCCAAGUGGCGUCCAUUAUACAAAAACUGCCACCUUCUUGGAAAGAGUUCAAGAGUUAUCUCAAGCACAAACGUAAGGAGAUGACCCUUGAGGAUCUCAUUGUAAGGCUGAGAAUUGAGGAAGAUAACAGAAAAAAUGAGAAGGGCCUGGUUUCGAGUAUGGAAGCCAAGGCGAAUGUUGUUGAAGGAAGUUCAUCAAAGCAAAGGUCGAAAUUCUAG